GCUCUCUUAUUUUCUUCUUCUUCUUCUUCUCCAACAUUUACUCAUCUCAAAUUUAACACAUUCGACGUAAAAGGGAAACUAUAGCUUAUCAUUAAAAAUUAAAAGAUGUAUAGAUCAUCGAGUACAACUCGAGUUUCAGACGAUUAUUUCAAUAGCUAUUAUUCUUCUUCGUCAAAUUCAUCACCCUCACAAAAGGUGUCUCCAGUACUAAGAGCUUUGUCUUUGGAAACUAAUGAAUUAUUACCAAUACAUGAACCACUUUCGGAUAUUGCUAAGAAGGAAAAAUCUCGUGCCAAAUUUGCAGAAAAUGCUGUUCAUGUUAUACCUUUGGUCUUGCUCUUGUGUGGAUUUAUCCUAUGGUUUUUAUCUAAUCCAGAUAUUGAUGCACCAUUGAAAGGUGAAGCAAUUGCUGGAAGAAUAGAAGGAUUAACACUUGAUGGAGAUCUUGAUCCUGAUGGCAUGCAUAUUUCAAAUUUACCUCUAGAAUUGAGUGAUGAUGAUAUGAUCAAGCAAGAUGAAAAUCGUCGAACAUCUUAUAUGGAAAAUAGAUUUCCAUAAAUGUCUUUUUAUAUUUUCUUUUUCACUUCUUUUCAUAUCGAAAUUCUCGCCAUUUAUGUUUUGAGGAUUGCUCUUGCCAAAAUAUAUUUGAGCGACGAAGUUAUUUGGGAUUUCAUUA